AAUGAACCAGUUCUUAGGUGCACGCCAGGUAACAGCUUGGCUGCCUCCUAGGAGAUAAAGAAAAAGACACAAAAAAAAAACGAAAAAGAAAACAAGCAACAAAGAGAUGUUUUAUAUAAAUGUUCAAGAGGAAGAGGAGAAAUGCACGGAAUCCCAGUUGGAUAUAUUGCUGAAAAUCAGCAAAGGUGAGUACAGACUCAUCAAGAAGAAGAAACGCAGCUCCGUGUGGAAUGUCUACCGGGAGAUUGCACGUGCCGAUGGUUCCAAGCUAAAAUGGCGCUACUAUUGUGUGGGUUGCAAGCGAGUGAUGCAGUCAACAGGCGGUUCCACAUCCAAUUUACGCAUCCACAAAUGCCAUGUUAGAUAUCUCAAACAGAAUGGCAAUGGCAUGGCAUUCGAUGCUGCCCCACCAUGUCCAUUGACCCAGAAGCGUUCGGCAGGAUCAUCUUCAUCACCCAUCCCAGCGGUAGUGUGCUCACCCUCCUCCUCAGCUGUAAUUGAAAAUAAAGAUUACUAUGAAAUUCCCAUGGUGGACACAACAGAAUACGAUGAUGUGGAAGAAGAUGAGGAUGCUGAUGACAAUUUGGAAGAGGAGCGCAUUAAAGAUGCAGCACCGCAAGUUAUAAAUCAACAAAUUGCUUUACCCACAACCACCAACACCACAUCCCAUGCGCGUCCCCUACUCCAGCUGCUAACAGAUGAAGAGAACUGGUCUGACGCCGACAUGGUCGAAGUGCAACUGCCCAUUGAAUUGGAUAGUGCUACCAUUAAUGAGCAGAUGCCACCGGAGGAAACGGAGCUAGAACAGGAACAUGAACCCCACGAGGCCGAGGGCGAGCAUGAGCACGAGCACGAACUCCUUGAAACGGAAGACGAAGAACCAGCGACAGUCGAGUUGCAGCACAACUUUGACCAAGACACAAUUAAUUUACCACCUCAACCUUAUCGCGGCUGUACACCCUUCGAUUCCAGUGCUCUGGCCGAAGCGGAAAGCUAUGCCAGAGCCUGGUCUCAUGCCUUUCUUAAGCUAACCGAAGAGCAGAAAUUCUAUGCGAAGCGUUCAAUUGAUGAACUCCUCGUUUUGGGUCGUUUGGAGAAACUCAAUAUAUCCACAGUGACGGCACUGACAACAAAUUUAUAAGUCAGAUUUGAAAUUCGAGACUAUUUAGCCCGAUGACAUUUAAGAUUAGGAAUAAAGUGUGAAGUUUUAUUACUUCGUUUCAUAUUCUCAAGCUGAGUUCUUCCAUGGAAUCUCUCCAUCUCCCCAAUCCAUAUGCAUAUGCAUAUAUAUACAGAUGGUAAACGAUUCAAUGAAUUCACUUGGAAGAUUUUUUUUCUAAAUUAUUUUUGUAAUACUUUAUUUUACGCUAAAUGAGAAGUGUUUGAAAGUAUUUUAUUAUUACCUUUGAUAAUAUUUGCUUAUUUAGAAUAGAUUAC